ACAUAUCUUGGAAGCUAUACAGAUCUAACAUGUGGUAAAGUUUUUAUUCAACCAACUAAGUUGGUUGAGGUAGUGAACCUUCAUCAGAGCAAGUUUGGGAAAGCCUAUCCAGACAUUUAUUUACAUAUGAGGUUGUCACAGAAAGGACAAAAAACUUUUUUUUACUUCCUUAUUUUAAGGAAUCCUUGAAAUUCUUUCCCAGUUAAUCCCUUUCAAAGAAGCCAAAUUAUGGGCAAGUGAGGACAUGAAUCUUCUUGCAAUUUUAGCCAUUUUGGCACUCUGCCAGGGGCUGACAGCUCUUCCAGCUGCAGAACCAUGGCUGAGCAGGAAGAGAAGGUCGCCAUUUUUGGCUGCUGCUGCCAGGGAAAUCAGUGAAGCAGACCAGGAUAUCAUAACAGAAUCGGAUGAUGUGGUUGAUGAACAGCCUCCUGUUUCGCCAUUUGUGGAUCUAAGGCAGGAUAUGUUGAAGCCACCAAAGCCUUUCCACAAUGACCGUGACCACAUAAUAUACCUCCAUGGAUUGUCCAACCACCUGUUGCCAAGACAGGAAGACUAUUUGGAACAUGACAGGCUCAUUGAAAAUGCCAUACAUGCCCUCAUGAAGCAGGGCAUUGUUGCAGAUGAGGUUGCCCACAUGCAUGUGCAUCAGUCAUCCAACAAUGCACCCAUGGAUAAUGACUUCAGGAUGAACAUGAAGGGCAAAGAGCCGGUGAAGGAGCAGAGUCUGCGCAAGUUUAUGGAGAAAGAGCACGCCGGCUCCAAAGUUGGCGCCCACCGUUGGGCCUACCAGAAUUUGCGAGGCGGCAAACCCGCCACAGACGACCGCCCCCAUCCUCUCAACUUCACCUACAACAUGACCAUCGAGCAAUACGUUGCCAAGAUGAACAUGAAGGGCAAAGAGCCGGUGAAGGAGCAGAGUCUGCGCAAGUUUAUGGAGAAAGAGCACGCCGGCUCCAAAGUUGGCGCCCACCGUUGGGCCUACCAGAAUUUGCGAGGCGGCAAACCCGCCACGGACGACCGCCCCCAUCCUCUCAACUUCACCUACAACAUGACCAUCGAGCAAUACGUUGCCAAUGAAAAUCGAAAAAUGUUCCUGCUGUUCAUCCUGAUCCUGCUGUCACCUAUCCUGAUUUUCAAGAUCUUGUCAUGGUUCUCCAAAAUGAACUUGUGGGACUACCUCAUGAUGCUAUGGGAUAAGUUCAAGGACUUCUUUGGACUCGUUUGCGAGGAAUACGUUUGCGAAGAAGAAAUCAUAGAAGAAGAAAUAAUCAAAGAACCAACCCCGGAGCCGACACCUCCGCCGUCCCCGCCGACGCCCAUCAUCCCGGAGCCGCCACCCAAGAAGCCACCGCCGUCUCCCAAGCCGAAGCCCCCGCCGCCGCCGCCACCGCCGCCCAAGAAGCCGCCGCCGCCCAAGCCUCCGUCCACGCCGUCCUCUUACGACACGCCGCCACUGGACAAGUGCUGUCCUUGCAUCCCAACGGACUCCGAAAACGAGUCCUUCGACGACACCAUCAAGUAUCCUUGCGGAGAGGAUCCCUGCGAAUUCGCUGUGGACGUGCGCUACAAGGACAAAUAGAGAUAUACUUAUUGCAUGCUGGCUGCUGCAUUUUGCAAAUGGCGAAGAAAACCCGACCCUUAGGCCGUCGCCUGCGAUAUUUUUUAACCCGUUUUGUUUUUUUCCCCCUUUAUUUUUUUAUUUCAUUACCAGCUUUUUUCUGUUGUGGAAUCAAUGCAGUACUGUAUUUUUCCAUUCAAGAAAUAA